AUGAUGGUCGUGCCGCAUCAGCCAAUCGUCGUGGACCGCGAGAAGACGUGUCCGCUGCUGCUACGAGUAUUUCACAAGCACGGGGGGCAUCACGAUUUGGAAGCAUUCGCAACGAGAGGGCAGGAGCCCAAGGAGGAGGUGCAGAUGUACACGUGGAAGGACGCUACCCUGAGAGAGCUGACAGAUUUGUUGAAGGAGGUGGUGCCAGAGGCCCGUCGGAGGGAGGCUCGGUUGUCGUUUGCGUUUGUGUAUCCGAAUAGACAGGGGAGGAACGUAAUGAAACAGGUGAGAGCGGGGGGAGGAGAGGAGGAAGGUAGGAACGUCAGAGGGACGCUAGGUGGUGCCCGAGGCCCGUCAGAGGGACGCGCGACUAUUGUUUGCAUUCAUGUAUUUGAAUAG